AUGCCGCAACCGCCCCUCCCCCUCGAACUCGUCGCCCUCAUCCUCGAGCCGUUCCGCGACAUCAAGGACGACGGCGAGCGGCGCGAGAUUGGCGAGCGCAUCGCCCUCGUCUGCAAGACGUGGCUGCCGCUCGGGCGCGACAUCGUGUGGCACCGCGUCUCGAUCAAGGUCUUCGCCGACCAGCGCCUCGCAGAAGGAAUCGUCGCGCACCCGUCGUCGGCCGCCGUCAUCCGCCACCUCACCGUCGAGCCGGACGAUCUCCAGCUCCCUAUGGAGCUCGAAGCCGAUGCCGAGCCCAGCGGGACGUCGGCCUUCCUCGACGACGACGUGUACCAGGCCGCCCUCGUCAAGUCGGUCGAGGUCGUCGAGGCGUGCGCUCGACUCGACUCGCUCGCGCUCGACUUCGUACGCGCGUCCGACCUGUUCGACCGCCUCCCUCGAGCCCGCAUGGCGGCGGCCCUUACCCGGCUCCACCUCUCGGUCACGCUGCGCGCCGACUUUGGCGGCGCCGACUUGAUCGAGGCGCUCGGGCGGUUCACGAGCCUGAAGAACCUCGAACUCGCUGUCUGCGACGCCCUCGACGUCGUCGUCGACCUCAGUAACGUCGUCGCCACGCACAAGCUGCCGGUCGCGACCCUCAAGCUCGACAUUCUCGUCGGCGACCCGGUCAAGGUUCGCCUCAUCGGCGACGCCGUGCACGGCCUCUUCGACCCGGGCCGGAUGCAGCACCUGACCUGUGCAGGUCUCGGCGCGGCGUCGCCGUCCUUCGCGUGGCUGUCGCGCUACGAGUACCUCGACACGGCCGUCCUCAUGGCGCUGUACGGCGACGACGUCGACUCGGCGUUCACCAAUGUCGUCGCGGCGCUCUAUACGCACCCUCGCGUCCGCGGCGUCCUGUUCGCCUACGAGCCCUACACGUUACCCUCGGACACGAUCCCGCCCACGUCGCCCGUCCCGCUCGGCGCCUUUCUCAAGGCGCUCCCGCCUCAAGUGCGAGAAUACGUCGUCCAGGGCCUCACCUUCGACGACACGCUCGGCCUCCUCGAGUCGCCUCGUGUCAACAAGCCUGUCGACGACGUUACCGUCGUGCUCAACCUCGCCCUGCCCGAUGGCGACGACAACGAGCGGCGGCCCUGCGUCGAGACGGUCGUGCGGCGCGAGCGCACAGAAGACGGCGCGUCCUGGGUCUCCUUUCAGUCGCAAGAACAGCAAACCUGA